CGAGGUAGCAGCAGCCAGGCGUGCCCGAUACCUCACAGUGCCAGCGGGACUGGCGGUGUGAGAGUGUGGUACAUGUGAUGAGUGAACAAGUCCCGCAGGAUGGACAUCCACCCGGGACGCCCACCUGGGAACUCACGCCCGAACCUCUCCUGCAGGAUCAGGAUCAGGACUCUCAGCAGCAGCAGGAAGAGCAGGACCUACUGCAGGCGGGGGAUGCUGACGGCGGUUUGAGUACAACUGAUGACGACGAUCAUAGAAAGAUGUCUCAGGAUUCCUUAAUCUCGGCCAGUCCUCGAGGCUCGCCGCUGCUGCAGCCGACGGGUCGUCGACGGUACCAAGACUCAGACUCGUGUCCCAGUGUGUCACCCAGCCCGGACCCUGACUCUCGCCUCAUCACCUUCGACUUCAACAUGGUGGAGGUCCCCGUGGAGGGUGAGGGCAUCUCUGCCGCCCUGCAGACUGAGCGAGAGUUUCUGGACUUCAUGUUGUCACUCCCACAAGUACAAAAGGAAGGUCCCGGACGGCCUCUCCUCACACAGAAGGAGAGCCCCGGCAGGUCUCCUCAGGUACAGAAAGAAGGAUUUGUUCAUAAAGAAGGCCCAGGACAGCCCCCACAGGAAGCGGCAUUACCGGUCAGAUCUCAACACCGGAGCCCUACACGGGCGCCUGCCACUGUGGGUGGUGUGGUCAACACUAAGGUCGGCCUGGACCACCUCGAUAACCUGUGUCGCAUGAUGGAACAACUUGGUGAACUUCGUGAGCAAAAUACUCGUUUACAGCGACGCGUGAACUACCUUGAAGAGCUACAGACUCUUCAGGAAAUGCACCGCCACCUUCAGGAAACGUUAGAGGCUCGUCGGUCAGGGCUGGGAUUAGGCCCCAUCCACCUAUCGGACUCUGACCUACACCUGGAGGAUGACCGUGAAGGUGGCGGUGGAGAGUUAUCCCGCCAGGGGUCCGAGGAGAGCCUGCUGCUGCUCACCCACCGACCACCACACAAAGGUAAGACCCGUCCAGCCCCGACUAUGGUUCGCUCUCGCAGUAAAUCGGUCGGUACCGACUUACUGAGUACCGACACACAGCCAGUGCCCAAAACAAAGGUGUCGGGAUGGAAAAGAGUUAAAGAAGCUCUCAAAUGGGAACGUGCCCUCUUACUGCCCCCUGCGCCCACCCCAGCCACCGCCACUAGUGCCCACCACCCCACCACCUCCCCCCAGCCAACACCUAGCCCUCAGCCCACCACACACCACGACCCGUUCUUACGUCCCCCUUCCUCCUCCUCAUCGUCCAGCGUCUUGACGGAGGUAAUGACGGAGGAGGACCUACUCAACCUCUAUCGCCAGGGCUUCGACGAGAAUCAGUUCCUGGAGUUACCGGAGUCUCCAGGUCGUCGACAUUCAAGUUCCGAGGACGACCGUCGUGCUGCUACCCUCGAUUGUGACCCCCGGACACGACCCCACGACAAGGAGAAGAAGGGUCACCGCUCAGCAUGGGGCAAGGUAAAGAAUAUGAUCAGCACGAGGCGGGACAGUGUAAGGAAGAAAUCCACCCCGGCCUCCCACCGUAAGUCGACCAUAGAACGACCACUGGGCCACGAUGUACACGCUGGCACCGCUGUAGAAGUGUCGGCCGCUUCUGACCCCGAGGAUUAUGAGGUGGAUUACGAAGGUGUGGCUGGGGAUGUGGUGGUGGAGGCCGGUAGCGAGGGUGAGUGGGAGGCUGGCGGCGUGUGGACGGGGCCCAGAGAGGAGGGCGACUCACCUGUGACAGCCACCACCAGCUUAGGAGUGCGCCGCGCCAAACCACAGCUCACUAUCACCGUGCCCUCUAGUGAAGACCUGAGUCACCUUCACGGAGGUGUUGGUGGAGGUGGUAGUGGUGGUGUUAGUGGUGGUGACAGGCCCCGGCAGUUACACCGAUCACCAGAGUCACGACACAGGAAGGUCUCCCCAGCACAGUUGGACCCCCGCGCCCCGCCCUCCCUCCCUAUGACACCUCCCUCCCCACGCCGAGCAUCGAAUUGGACCAAAGUUAAGAAAGCCUUCCUGACGGGCCAGCAACACCAGCCAGCCAAACCUGACGCUCGGCCCUCUAGUGUUGGAGUAUCGGCAUCACUCCCUCCGUCACCUAGUAAAAAGACUAACACCUUCCACUUCGAUUCUCCGCCACAUUUAGGUGUUGAAUCGUCUACUCUCUACGACUCUGACUCCCCUGUGGUGUCCUUAGAGGUGUCCCCGGAAGAUCUGGUCUCUCACGCCCAUUCCACGCCCACGCCGUCACCCCAACCUCACUCCACGCCCUCUCCGCAGCCUCUAGCCACCCACCAGCAACACUCAGGCGUCUUAGCUGACCUGCAGAAGAGCUUGAGUGGGGAGUUCAACAGACGACUACAGGAAUGGGAGAAGCUGAAGGGUGGAGCUGGUCAGGGAGGUAUUCACCACCCUCCUAUUGCGCCUGGCUGUGCUUCUGUGCCACCUGGAGGAGUAACAACCACUCACCCCGAGGAUAAUCUUCCCUAUGAGUUCCGCAAGAAACUUCACGAGUGGGAGAAGAUGAAGGAGAGGGAGAGAGAGAAGGGUAAGACUGAAGUCCCACGAGGCCAAGAGGACGUCAAGACCAAGAUUCACGGCGAGGACGACCUUCCUGCCGACUUCAGGAAGAAACUUACCGAGUGGAAGAUCCGGAAAGCUCUGGUGGGUCAGAGUCAACACAACGUGGAGGAGCUGCAGAAGAACCUGGGCGAGGAAUUCAACCGUAAGAUGGCGGAGUGGGAGAGAAUCAAAGCCUCGGCCAACCAAGGACACAUUAAACCCAGCCCAGGACACCCACAGGUGAAGCCAUCAGCCUCGGCAGGUAACAUACAAGUCAGGGCUUCAGGUCAGAUUCAGCAUAACUCUGGCAGUGUCUCCAGUCCGUCUCAAGUUAAGGCCUCAGUUUCAGCGAGUCAGGUGCUGGUGAAACCCAUAACGGGAGGACCUAGCUCAAGUCCUAGGCUGGACAGGAAGGGUUCUGCUCACAAGAUCAAGAAGAUGAAGUCAGGCAAGACGGACAAGGCGCCGGUGGGAAAAACCGAGAGCAGCCACAAAGGACGCGAUAAGUCAGACAAGGAGCUGCAGUGGCUGGAGAAGGAGUUACAUAAGGUGGAGCGAGAGACUCAGAGACUGGAGAGAGAAAAAGAGAAAUUCCUAGAGAGACAAGCCAGGUUGGAGAAGAUGCGUCAGGCUAUGGGUCAGGGAGGUCCAGCCAAGAAGAAGGAGAUUUACAUAAAGACGUCAACGGGGGAGUUCAGGUUCGAGGGGAUCAGCCAGACGUUCACUAAGAAGCUGUAUGAGUGGGAGGAACGGCGAGGCAUCCGGCCGGAGUCUUCCACCAUCGCCCUCCUCGACCCCAACUACAAGGCCCCCGAAAAGGAGGUUCAAGAGAAGCCCAAGAGCCCAGAACCUGCCAGACUCGUCAGAUCCAAGUCGGAGUCAUCGAUGGCGGCCGAGUUUGCAGCCACUUCAGUACACUCUCACCCGUCCAGCCUCUCACUCAACGAGAUGGAAACUGAAGACACGGGACUCCAAGCAGAGAACAAAGCAGCGAGUGAACCAACAUUAGCUGCUGAGGACCCCAUCACACCUAAAGUAGCGGUGUUGGUGCAGCUGGAGGAGGUGGUGGAUGACACGCCCUCCCUUCACGACCACACUACACCUUACGCCCCCGCCGAGAUCACCAGGAACAUCGACUCAUCAGGAAGCGAGGAGGACGUGACCAGACGUCGACGGGCUGAUGACAACGAGGACAUGGUGACGAACCUCCGACGGACAGACAGCGGCCGCACCCAGGGCUCUUACCGCUCCCUCCUGCACGAGAACAUGAGCCUCCUGGAUAAACUCCGCCAGCAGGAAGACCUCUGCCGCGCCCUUGAGACACAGAUGGGUGACAUUGACUCAAAGAUGGAUAAUGUGGCAGACCAGCACCUCAGGACCUUAGAGAAGCUACACCGCCAAGUGACCAUCAUCAUGAAGGACUCGAGCAGUACCCCGCGUGAUGACGACGAGGACGACGAGAACCCCAACACAGCAGCUGACGACACCGAAGCCAACCAGCGGCUCAUUAACCAGCUCAAGGCGCGGAUCGUGGAGUUGGAGAUGAGAGGAGAUCACUUGAUGGAUGAGAAGGAACAAUUAGAGCGCGCCUUCAAGCUCCACAAGGAACACGAGACUGAGAUUGCUGAGUCUCUGGUACAAAGGAUUCGUGAGCUACAGGACGCUGGGGCCGAGGUCAACAUCCAGACUGUUCAGUGUCAGAACCACGACCUCAAUGUGCCUUCUGAAGACAGUGUGGUUGUGGAGGAACACUUACCAGAGGACAUCCACGACGAACAGGAACCCAAGGAGGACACUGAGAAGGAUUCACCCGAAGGCUUAGAAAAGGAGGAGGCACCGAAGGAGGAACUGAAGAUCGUGGAGAAGGAAGAAGAGGAUGAGGAGGAGGAGGAGGAGGAACAAGUGGUGGUGGUGGAGAGGCGGGAGAGUCGACCAAGAGAACAUCGUAAGGUUAAAAAAGUCCCGCCCAAGAAAGUCCAGAAACUCCAUAACCUAACGGGGGAUCUACUCUUCCAGGCCAAGCGACUGGAGCAGGCACUGGUGGCCAAGCACGGACUGGAGCGUCGUGGAGAUGUGCGAGGAGGAGGAGGAGGAGGAGGUAGCCACGCAGCCUCCUACCGCCAGAGGAGCUUAAGAGGCCGAUCCUCCCUGCGGCUGGUGGGGGACUUGGCCUCACCUCAACGCCGCGGUAAGGUCACUCCCGGCCGUACCUGGUCAUCCAUCGAGGCCAUCACCAUCCCCGGCGACGCCUUCCAUGGUGGUAGCAGCUGGGAGGGCGGUACUGGUGGGGGCCAAGAAGCACGUGAGUCAGUGACGCUGGAGUCGAGUAGGAGCUUCAAGGGUCACUCCUCCCAGUACACAUGUGACCCUCAGGACCUCCUCGCCAUGAACGCUGAGCUGAGUCGGAUGGCCAAGGAACUACGGGUCGAGAUGAUGAAGAUGUGGAGCUUCAGGGAUUCUACAUCACCUGAAUCAGAGGCGUCGGAACCCAUACCAAUCCAUGACGUGGAGGAGAACAACUUCAUCGCCUCCAGUGCACCCGAGGCUGAGUCAUCUCCGCGUGUGGACGAUGACGAUGACAGCAUCUCCCUGGCAGGCACCUGGAAGACUGCCACCACCACCUCCACUCGCUCAGCAGAACACAUGUUGUCCUCCAGCUUCGAGUGGGAGGAGGAAGAACCAGAAGAGAGGAAAAAGCCAAAGGGGAGAUGGAAGGUGGUGGUAGAGGAAGAGGAGGAAGUAGAGGAACAGAAGAAACCAAGAGGCAGGUGGAAGGCGGUAGUAGAUGGAGAAGAAGAGGAAGCGGAAAAGGAAGAGCAGAAAAAAAUAAAAGGAAGAUGGCAAGCAGUAACAGAGGAAGAAAAGGAAGAGGGAAGAGAAGAGCAGAAAAAAGUAAAAGGAAGAUGGCAAGCAGUAACGGAGGAAGGAAAGGAAGAGGGAAGAGAAGAGCAGAAAAAAGUAAAAGGGAGAUGGCAAGCAGUAACGGAGGAAGAAAAGGAAGGGGGAAGAGAAGAGCAGACAAAAGUAAAAGGAAGAUGGCAAGCAGUAACGGAGGAAGAAAAGGAAGGGGGAAGAGAAGAGCAGAAAAAAGUAAAAGGGAGAUGGCAAGCAGUAACGGAGGAAGAAAAGGAAGGGGGAAGAGAAGAGCAGAAAAAAGUAAAAGGAAGAUGGCAAGCAGUAACGGAGGAAGAAAAGGAAGAGGGAAGAGAAGAGCAGAAAAAAGUAAAAGGGAGAUGGCGAGUAGUAACGGAGGACGAAGAAGAAGAGGGAAAGGAUGAACAGAAAACAGUAAAAGGAAGAUGGCAAGCAGGGGCAGAGGAAGAAUCAGAGGAGCAAAAGAAACCAAAAAGGAGGUGGAAGGCAGUAGUGGCUGAAGAGGAGGGGGAGGACAGAAAGACGCCAAAGCCAGAGUUGUCAUCCCAGGCAGCUAAAGAUGGGAGCAAGAGUUUCGAGACGGAGGUCACAGUGACGCUUUCUGGGGCGCGGCAGGCUGCCAGGGACCUGAGGACUCGCCGUAUCUCUGACACCCAGGUGGAGUAUGAGAGCUUUGGCCAGAACAACAGGGACGAGUGUUUCGCCUACACCUUUAGCAGGACUGUGUAUGAUGACGAGGCUCUGACCGCAGGCAGACUCAGUCGCAACACCUCCAUGCGGAAGGCCAACUCUCGUGAUGCUGACGAUGGUCCCUGGCGGCGCCUCAGGGCUCUUCCCUCUGUAGCAACAGAUGACCCGUCCAAUUUAGAUAAAUCACCAGAUGUCUUUGUACCCACGAAGCGGACCAUCUUCACCGUACUCGGGGGGAACCGUAAUCCUGAGCAGGCCCGGGCCACACCUACCUUCGUAGAUAGUCAAGAUGAUGAGCAGGAGAUAGGCAUGGGACCUUGGCGAAGAAGUCAAAGUCAACCCAGUGCUCUGGCUGAGACUAAAAGCACACCAGUUACUCCUCUGCUAAAGAGAAAAGAUGAUUCUACAGACACCAGUGGCCAUCGUGGCAGAGUGAAUGUGUCUAAAACCGUAAAGAGAGAGACUGAGAGAGCCAAGUCAGAGAAUGGCGCCCUUGCACGGACUUCCCAGAACCAAACUGUUGACACAAAGGAAAAUGUGAAAGUAAAACUCCAAAACGAUUCCUUGAACAAAGAACCUCCGAGAGUAACGGUAGAUGUAGAGCUUAAUGUAGAAGCUGUGGUGUCAUCACUUGAAAAAGAAACAGUGGAAUCAAACGCCGUAGUUAACAAGGAAACUCCUAUUCAAGAUGAUGUACCACAAGUUCAGACACGUGUUGAGGAAGCUUCUGAUGCCGUCGUGUCCCUUCCCAGUGAUCGUUCACCCCGUUCACCCCAUCAACCUACCCCAUCAUCACUCAGCAGUAGCACCGCCUCCCUCCUCCAGAUGCCAACACCCACAAGUCCUCCAAUUGAAUCCAAAAGGAAGGUCUUGGAAGCUGUAAAUGAAGGUGUUCCUGCAGUACGGAACAUUAUUCAGAAAUUUAAUCAACGCAUCACGGAAAAUCAGGAAUUACUUGGUAGUCCAUUCCGUUCACCACCGUCCAGCCCUCCUCCUUGGCAGUCUCCUCGGACACAAAGGAAGAUCUUGGCAGGCCUCAUGGUUGGCCAUAAUAAGGAUGGCAGUAAUACUUCCCAGAGUAACUUUCUGGCUGUUCUACCGGAUUCAUCUCAUUCACUGACGGUGAACCCCGCUGGUGGUGUUUUGAAAUCUUUGAGCGCUUCGGUCAUUGCCUCCGAUCCUGAGCCCCCUCAGCCAGUCCAGCGCUCUGCAAGUGGCUCACUUGUCCAAGGUAGCAAGUCCAACACAAGUCAUGUUGAUAUCAACAUCCCAACAGGACAAUUCUCUAUAUUCAAGGGUCCAAGUACAAGUGACGGGUGGAGCAGCUCGCCAGCUGUCAGUCCUGCCAUCACUCCUGCUCCUACAGACCCCGACACAUCCUGUGAUAUGGAUGUAUUGGUGGAUGACCCUGGCCAACACACGCAUGACCGCACCUCAGGACGGCCGGAAAGCAGAAGUCCUGCUGCUCACCUUCGUGCACUCAAAAUAAAGAAAGCAAAGGAAGAAUUUCUUGCACGUGGAGCUGCUCCACUCACAACAGAACAGAGGCUCAGUGGUUGUCAUGACCCCUUAAAGUUAAGACACAGAAGUGGUACUGCAAGCACGGAGGACAGCUGGCGAGAAUCAGAUGAGAUUUAUGCCAGAGGACCAUCGCCUCUUCCUUCUCCCACUCCAACUGAAAGUUCCCAAGAUAGAGAAGAGCCUCGUGAUAAACCCCCAAGAGUCGCCUCUAGACGACGCAACAUUCCAAAGAAGGAGUCAUUCCGGAGGCAGAGUGCUGGCUGCUUGCUGGAAGAAUCUGCUUCACAAAAGCUUUCAUCACAGGUUGUUAAGUCUGCCUCAUCCGGAGUCCUGGGAAGCGACAAGAGACACUCUCGGUAUUCUAUAGAUUCACAAUCCCCAGAUCGUAGAAAGACAUCAAUUGAUCCAUCUGUUGAGUCAACCAGAUCAUCACUAGGGAUAUUUAAACUAUUUCGGCGUAACAAGAAUAGAGAUAAAAAAGACAUGCCCUCCGUCCAGAGGCUAUGUCGGCAGAGUUUGUUGGUGGACUUUGCUAAUGGUAAAGGUCGCACACAAAGUGCUUCACCUCAACCUCGUCCUGAUUCCCACCUUCGUGCCUUACCAGAAGUUGAAGGUGAAGACUCCCCAGAUGCUGCACGCUCCUCAAAGACCUUACCGCGGGGAGGUCCCGGAGAAGCUGCCCCUCCAGCACCCUCCCGCUCGUGUCCUUCCUCCCCCGUGGCUCCUCACCGCUCCCGCACUGCUAACUGGCUGGCCCGUGGAAGGCAGAUCUUCAAGAGCCGGUCUCCCUCACCCGGCAAAAAGCCACGGUGACACGAAGCUUAUGAUUUUCCUCAUAUAUUGUUAUCCAUUGUGUUGUAAAACUUCGUCGUUGUACGAAUCUAUAAUUACUCCAACAGUCAAGAAGUUCAUUUAUGCCUUAUUACAACGGCGAUCUUGGACAUAGUUUUCUUCUGUGAAACUUUUGGAGCCAAGUUAGUCUGUUUUCUUCUGUACAUGCUGAGUAUAUCAAAGGUUUCAUCAGUGAGGAAUAUACUGAAAAACUACAAAUGCUUUAACUAGAAAUAAAAUUACAAUGCAUUUUAAGUUCCUGAGGACCCGAAAAAUUUAGUUGUGUAAAGAUAUCCAAAUUCCUUUGUUUAAAAUUGUAUUAAUAUGACCUAUUAAUACUUUUGCCCCCCUUAUUUACGUCCCCCGUGCGGUCCAGUCCUCAGUCAUGGAUAACCUCUCUAGGAUCAGAAGUCACUUGGGGUAAAGGUGGCCGCUGCUUUAUAACAAUUUCAAGCGUAAUAAGAGAACCAGUACAGUAGUGCCACUGCAGGCGAAGACGACUUUAUUCUUGUUCUAGUCAACAGAGGAAACCGUCCAUAUCUCAUGUACAUUUGCUGACAGAAUUCCCUAAACUCUUGGUAAUAUCUUGCAUCAACUUUUGGGUCAUAUUUAUGAUUGAAAAAAAACCACUUCUUAACACAAGGAAAAAUCUGAGAAAAUACGUUAAAAUUCUAAUCCUCAAGACUUAUAAGCCAGAUGCCGCCAAGUGUCCAAGGAAUUUUGCCCGCAACUGUACCUACGUCUGUGUGGAGCAAAUUGUGGUUCUGCUAGUGUGUGUGAACUGUCUGUCAUAUAUCCAACAGCUACAUAGUUCUUCACGCUGAAGUGUAAUAAUAAUCGUGGCGACUUAAGUGUGUUGUAUGUUGCACAGUGUGAGAAGGUGUUCUUGGUCAUCGUGACAAACUUAUUUUACAUGGUAAUGAUAUUUCUUUUUCUUUUUUUCUUUUUUUACAUAUUAGAUAUUCUUACUUGUUGGUUAAAACCUCCAUCAUUACUGGUGGGGAAGUUUCUUAAUUUUAAAGCUGCUUAGAUCCUUUUUUUUAAUUAUUGUUUUAUGAUAAGUAAAAAAGUUCGGGAGUAGGGAUGUGUGGUGCUGUGAUAUGCUCUCUAACCAGCGUCUGAAAUGUGUAGUCUUACAACAAAAUAUGAAAGUUAGCCAUUUUUUAUUAAUAAAUACAUCAAGUAAAGCUUUUUACUUAGAUUACUAUUAUUUUCGUCACUGUUUCAAUAUUUUCCUCACAAGUAGAGCUCUCGGUAUGAUGGACCAAGUCAUCAUGUUUUAUGAUGCUGUUUUUAAUACUUGUACAUUUUGGAUCAGAGGCCAGGCUGGCGUGUUUACUAAUCUCCUGUAGUUAUUAAUUACGCUGCAGAGAAUAGGUAAAUGAUAAAUAAAAUAAUAAUAAUAAUGGUGAUUUUGUAACAGUUGCAUCCAUAUUUCGUAUAAAAUAUAAAACAAUAUCAGAAAAUGAUAAAUGAACUUCUCACACUCAUUUAUGAAAAAGUUGAACCACAGUGCAGUCGCUCUUGUUCUCUGUCACUUAUUUCUGGUAUUUCUGUGAAUGCUCUCUGCUCACAUCAUAUACUUGGUAACUGUAUAAUGAUGAAUAUAAGUGUAUAUUCAACAUUAUAACGAAAUAUAGGAGGCAUUAUUUCUGGAGU